AAUUAUUGUUUUUGUCACAGUAUUAUCAGAUAUUUGCUUUUCACACCCUCAUCUCUGCACCAACCUGGUUAGACAGAGGAAUAGGUCGUUCAGAAAAAGAGGAGGAGAAUCCCAAAACACCAUGAAAUCCUAAAGUAACACCCUCUUUUUAUGAGCAAAAAGAAGGAGAAAAUCAAAGCAUCAACUCAAAACCCUAAAAUCUCUCCUCAUUUUUAUCCAAAACCCUCAAGAAUCUGGCCUGAACCAGCCAUGAUUUGAUGUAUCAGCCGCCUUGGCUUCACCUCCACACACAAAUGGGUUUACCCAGAAAGCACUUUCCCCUCUUUUCCCUUUUCCUGGUCCUCUUUGCCAAACUAGAGCACUUCCCACAAGCUGAAUCUGCAUCUGAUUACACCACCCUGGUGUACAAGGGCUGUGCCAAGCAGGCUUUGUCAGAUCCAACUGGGGUUUACUCGCAGGCCAUCUCAGCCCUGUUUGGCACCUUGAUUGCACAGUCUUCCAAAUCCAAGUUCUUCAAGGCCACCACUGGCAGCGGCCAAACCACCGUCUCUGGCCUCUUCCAGUGCAGAGGUGACCUCAGUAAUGUUGAUUGCUACAACUGCGUCAGCAAGCUGCCAAUCCUCAUUGACAAGCUCUGCGGUCAGCUUGUUGCAGCCAGGGUCCAGCUCUUGGGCUGCUAUAUGUUGUAUGAAAUUGCUGGCUUUCCUCAGGUCUCUGGCAUGGAUCUGCUGUACAAGACUUGCAGUGGGAAGAAUGCUCCAGGAAGUGGGUUUGAAGAGAAGAGGGACACUGCCUUGUCAUCAUUGGAGAAUGGGAUUGGAAGUGGCAAUGGAUUCUAUACAACAAGCUACUCCUCUGUGUAUGUUCUGGGGCAAUGUGAAGGAGAUUUGGGGUCUGCAGAUUGCGGGGACUGUGUGAAAAGUGCUGUUCAGAGAUCCCAGGUUGAGUGUGGAAGCUCCAUUUCUGGCCAAGUCUAUCUCAACAAGUGCUUCAUUAGCUAUAGUUUCUACCCUAAUGGGGUCCCCAAAAGUUCCUCUUCUUCUUCUCCUUCUUCUUCAUCAUCAUCAUCAACAUCAUCAGCUUCAUCAUAUGAUUCCUUAUCUUCUCCAUCAGGAUCAGGGCAAGAUACAAAGAAGACAGUAGCUAUUAUAUUAGGAGGAGCACUAGGAGUGGGGUUUAUAGUUAUUUGCUUGAUGUUUGCUAAAGGAUUAAUGAAAGAAACAUGAUGGUGAGUAUAUGGAUAGAUCCAGAGCAAAAUCUUCUUUUAUUGAUUUUUUUCUGGUAAGUGUCCAUUUCAUUAGAAUGGUCUCUUGUCUGAUGGAUUUGUUUAACUCUGUGCUACUCUCUGCAGAUUUUUGAAAGCAGAAGAUGGGAUUAAAGAGCUAGCCCCCUUUUCAGGCUGAUUCUUUUCUUUUCAUUUGUAAGAGAAUUUUUUUUUUUUUUUUUUUUUUAUGCUGGGGAAUUCUUGUUAUAGGUAAGAAACUGCUUGGAUAGAGAGAAUUUAAAGGAAAGAUGUAAGAAUGCUUGUCUUUUUGAACGGUGAAGAAAGCUGUGGAAUGAGAAUUUGAUGAGUUUUGGCCCC